ACGUAGAGAGCUAAACUAAUUCGUCUUCCUUAACGCGGAAGACGAAUUAUUAUUUUAUAGUCAAACUGUAAAUACCCAAUGAAAGAAUUUCAAGAAAAAUUUCAUGUUCUUCCUUUGAUUCUGCGAUUGGGGAAAUUGGAAAAACUUUGAAGUUUACAUUUUUAGAUUUCUAGGUCACGAGUUGUUGAAGAAUCACAUAAGAGGAAGCUUGUGAGUUGAGCUUUCCGUUUAUUUAUUUUGGUCAAACUUUUUUCUUUCCUACUGAACCCAUGGCUGAUUGUUAAAUUUCGUUGUUCAAGUUUCCAGAAUUUAUAAAGACUGCUGUACUGGAGGUAAAAGAGCUGAUGAAGUUCUGUUCUUAAUUUAGACGGAAAAGUUUGUAGGUGUGAGGGCUCUAAGAGUUAGUUUGCAGAGAUGAAAUUCAGAAAUAAUUUCCCUGUAAGAGGGCAUCAUCUUUUCUUGGUCGUAGUUGCUCUCACAUUCACUGUCUUGGUGUUGUGGGCUUGGGAGAAUCCUUUCCUUACCGCUUCUCAGUCAGUUCAAGCAUGGUAUAGAAAUUCUUAUGCAGGUUCCACAAACAGUUCUGUAUUGCCUAACACAAUAAAGGAGAAUUCUGGAAAAACAUAUUCAAAUUCAAGUACAAAGGAAAAGACAGUAAAAGAUGAUGCAAACUCAGAAGUUAAACUUACAGAUUCUGCAUCUACAAUAAUUUUUAACAGGAGCAAGAGUAAUCAGAAUACCUGUAGCUAUGGAAAUGGAGGAUGGGUCCUUGACAAUAGUCGACCGCUAUACUCUGGCUUUGGAUGUAAGAGAUGGUUAUCAGCAAUGUGGUCAUGUAGACUGACCCAACGGACAGAUUUUUCCUAUGAAAAAUAUCGUUGGGUUCCCAAAGAUUGUGAAUUGCCAGCAUUUGAGCGGUCUGCAUUCCUGAAAAGAAUGCAGGACAAAACCAUCGCAUUCAUUGGGGAUUCAUUAGGAAGGCAGCAAUUUCUUUUGAUGUGUAUGGUCACUGGUGGGGAAGAAAGGCCUGAGGUUCAAGAUGUAGGAAAGGAAUAUGGUCUUGUCAAAGCCAAGGGUGCAAUUCGUCCUGAUGGCUGGGCAUAUCGUUUCUCAAAUACCAAUACUACCAUUUUAUACUAUUGGUCAUCUAGCCUCAGCGAUUUAUUGCCUUUGAACACAUCAGACCCAGCCACCGAUGUAGCAAUGCAUCUUGACCGUCCGCCAGCAUUUCUGAGAAAAUUCCUUCAUCUAUUUGAUGUGUUGGUUCUCAAUACAGGACAUCAUUGGAACAGGGGAAAAAUGAGACAAAAUAGAUGGGUAAUGUACACUGAUGGAGUUCGUAGUGAACUCGGGAACUUAAAAGAAAUAGGCAUAGCUAAAAAUUUUACGGUGCACAGUAUCGUGAAAUGGCUCAAUUCACAACUCCCUUCCCAUCCUCGACUCAAGGUUUUUUUCAGGACCUUAUCACCUCGGCAUUUCCGCAAUGGGGAAUGGAAUUCUGGAGGUAGCUGUGACAACACAAGACCAUUAUCUGGAGGAAGCAAAGUAGAGCAGAAUGGAUCAAGUGAUACAGUUGUUGAGAAUGCUGUAAGAGGUACACAAGUAAAGAUAUUGGAUAUAACUGCUCUUUCAUAUCUAAGAGACGAAGCUCACAAAUCCAAUUACAGUAUCAAAGGAACAUCGAGCGGUAGCGAUUGCUUGCAUUGGUGUCUCCCUGGUAUCCCGGAUACGUGGAACGAGAUUCUUAUUGCACAAAUAUAGAUUCUUUUGUCUUGAAGAUUUUAGAUUUUCUCUCUUGUGUAAUCCUGGAAGACUCAUCUUUCUAAUUUUUGCUGCCUAGAGCUGUACUAAUUGGUUCAGGGGAAGAUGAUCACUGAUGAGAUGGCGUUGGUUGCUACUGAAUUAAAUUAUAUGGUGGGUAUUGCCUACGUGUCAUUUUUCAUUUAAAAAGAGUCAAUUUAUACUUGUAAACUGUAUAAAUUACAUGUAUCAAUUUAAACUAUAAUAAGUAUAUUUCAUUUAACAAACUGGUGGAUCAGCAAAAUGGAUGAUUAGAAUUAAUGCAUUGACAUUUUUUAUAA